UCAGAAGCUCCCAGACCGCUCGAGAGCAACCCUUGUACUUAUGGCUGCAUGGGACUUUUCCCUCUACAGUAUCUAACUUAGAAAAAAACAAACAUUAAACAAAACACAGUGGACAGUCUUCGGUAAACUUCCUCUUGGCUUUCAUGGGCAGACGUUGUGUUUUGAUUUGGUAGUGUAACGUUCACUUGUGUCGAGAUGCAGCUCAGGACAGUGCUUGACGUCAAUGUUGUGGAUGUGCAGAAGAGGAGGAAUCCCUCCAAACACUAUGUGUACCUUAUCAAUGUGACCUACUCGGACUCCACUUCUCAUGUCAUCUACAGGAGAUACAGCAAAUUCUUUGACCUACAGAUGCGGAUUCUUGACAAAUUUCCCAUCGAAGGAGGACAAAAGGACCCCAAAAAGAGGAUUAUUCCUUUUUUGCCAGGCAAGGUCCUGUUUCGGCGAAGUCACAUCCGAGAUGUAGCCGUCAAAAGACUGAAGCACUUGGACAACUACUGCAAAGCUCUGAUGAAGCUCCCCACCCACAUUUCCCAAAGCGAGGAGGUUCUGAAGUUCUUCGAGACCAAGUCAGAGGACCUAAACCCUCCCACUGAAGACUGCGGAGGUUCUGGCAGACGCAAAUCGGGUCUGGACGCCUCGGACCCCAUGCUCCUGGAACAGUAUGUGGUGGUGGCCAGUUACGAGAAGCAGGAACCUGCAGAAAUCAGCCUCCAAGCGGGUGAGGUGGUCGACGUCAUCGAGAAGAGUGAGAGCGGCUGGUGGUUUGUCAGCACCUCAGAGGAGCAAGGCUGGGUCCCCGCCACCUAUCUCAACUCCCAUAGUAGCACACGGGACGACUUGGACCUGGGCGCUUCAAAAAGCGGGGAAGUCACUAAGCGACACAAGGCCCACCUGAAGCGGCUGGACCGGAGAUGGACGCUUGGGGGUGUCAUCAGCCGGCAGCAGAGCCGAGCGGAAAAGUACAUCGCAGUGCAGCCGUACACCAGCCAAGGAAAAGAUGAAAUAGCAUUUGAGAAAGGAGCGGUGGUGGAAGUCAUUCAGAAGAACUUGGAGGGCUGGUGGUUCAUCAGGUACCAGGAUAAGGAGGGCUGGGCUCCAGCUUCUUAUCUAAAGAAAAUGAAGGAGGACCUCUCCCCAAGAAAAAAGACGGUGACCGGCCCGGUGGAGAUCAUCGGAAACAUCAUGGAGAUCAGUAACCUGCUCAACAAGAAAGCCCCCGGCGAGAAGGACGUAGGCGGCGAUGAAGUCUCGGAGAGCCCGCAAGCCGCCCGCAAGGAGAUCAGCUCGCCAGUCUUGUGUUCUGAAUCCGGCCCUGUUAGUACACCUCAGGACGGCAAAGGCAGUACGGAGCCGGCUUCGCCGGCCGUGGCCCGCAUUGCGCCGCACCGGGUGGAAAUUGGUUCCCCAGUUCUCAGGCAAAAACCUCCUCCUCGAAGAGAUGCAACCUUGGGAUUUCCUUUGCCCUCGCCACCUGAGCCCCCUACAGUUGAAGCUGAGUAUUACACCAUUGCAGAGUUCCAGUCUUGUAUAUCUGAUGGGAUCAGUUUCAAUGGAGGCCAAAAAGCGGAGGUGAUUGAGAAGAAUUCUGGAGGCUGGUGGUAUGUCCAGAUUGGAGAGCGGGAGGGCUGGGCUCCGUGUUCCUACAUCGACAAACGUAAAAAGCCCAACCUCAAUCGAAGAACGAGCACGCUGUGCCGCCCCAAAGUGCCUCCUCCGGCUCCGCCUGUCAAGAAGCAGGACUCUGUGGAGACGGCGCCGCCCAGCAGCCCCGGGUGCGAGGCUCCGGAGUCUCCCGUGUCUCCCGGGAGGCCCGUCUAUGAAGAGCCGGAAUACGAUGUCCCGGCCAUCGGCGACCUUGAUCUGGAGUCUGAGUUUGAGUUCCUGAGAGGCGAAGCUUCUUUGGUGGAUGUGAAGAAUGAGGACACGUCUUCCGAGAAGGGAUCCCAGUGGUCCUCCAAACCGUCCCCGGCGUCAUCGCUCCACAGCGCCUCCUUUAGAAUGUGCGAGACAUUCGAAGACGGCCAAGAAGCGGAGGCGGAGGAGGAGUGUAUCUACGAGAACGACGGCUUCCGACCCUUCAAAGAGACCCCGGAGAGGCAGUGCAGUCGUGACUCCAAUUCCUCCAAGGCCAGCGUUGUAUCCGAAACUGGCAAGACUACCAACCCAAAAUCAGGAGGAUGGAGAUCUGCGGCCAACAAGCUUAAGAUCACCUUGAACGGAAGCCAAAUGUCAGCCAAAAGCGAGGACGGGUCCGGCUCUAAAUCAGCCUCCAAUGAGUCGACCCCGGAUAUGUCCAGAGCCAAGAAAGAGCAGGAGGAAAGCAAAGCAUCCCCCAACACCAAGUCCUCAUCCAAACCCAAGCCAGUGGUGAGGCCUAAACCGCAGCUGGCUAAGGCAUCCAGCGGUGACAAGAUGGACAUCAGCACGUUGAGAAGACAGCUGCGACCCACGGGGCAGCUCAAGAACGGCAGCAAAAGCAAAGGCGAGGACUCCGAAACCGCCUCCGUCGUCUCCUCCGAAGACUCCUUCUCGUCUCAGAGCACAUCGUCCGAGUUCUCCUCUAUCUACUCCAAAGGCAGUCGCGGGGACUCGGAUGCGGAAGGCUGCGUCCUCUAUCGCACCACCGACCCUUACGAGAAAGUCCAAGAGUCGGAGCUGAGCUUCCCUGCUGGCGUGGAGGUGCUUGUCCUGGAGAAGCAGGAGAGCGGUUGGUGGUACAUCCGCUGGGAUGACUCCGAGGGCUGGGCCCCAACGUAUUUCCUGGAGCCGGUGCGGCAGCAGGACGACGCGGCUGGCUCAGAAUCCGAUGGAACGCCCUCCAAACCCGGGAGCCUCAGCAAGUCCAACAGUCUGGAGAAGAACGAGCAGAGGGUGCAGGCCAUGAACAACCUCAAUCAGAACCUGAAGAAGGUCACGCCGCCUAUCCCUUCCAAACCACCCGGUGGUCUCUCCAAGCCCACCGGCUUGUUUGGGUCACGCAAACAAAACAGCGGCAAGCAGCAGCAGGUUGUCAGACCCCAGUCAGUCUUCAUCUCAGCCCCCAUCAGGGAUAAUCCGAGCCCCAUCGGCUCCCUCAGGAGAAACGAGUCCCUCAACUCCGGCAACCAGCCUCGCGUCAGCCCCACGGUGCGUCGCAAUGCCUCAUUCGGCACCGUGUCCCGUAGCCUGGCGCCCAACAACAUCGCCCUGCCCAGCCGGAACGCAUCCGGCACCGGCAGCCCGGAGUUCCUGGGUGGCGGGCCGCAGAGGAAUGCCCUCCCUGUGUCUACCGUGAGGCCCAAGCCCCACAUCAUCCACAACAACCUCAGAGAGGUCUACGUCUCCAUUGCCGACUACCAUGGCGACGAGGAGACCAUGGGGUUCCCUGAAGGGACAAGUCUGGAGGUUCUUGAGAGGAACCCCAAUGGUUGGUGGUACUGCAAGGUGCUGGACAGUGGCAAGCCCAGAAAAGGGUGGGUUCCUUCCAAUUACCUCGAGAGGAAGCCUUAGUGCGUUCGGAGCUGGCAGAACUCUGAACGCGUGUUGGAAAGACUACUCACACGGACACUUUGAUUUUGUACAAGAACCCCAGGAAGUUCACGACGGAGCAAGAGGAGCAAAGCCAAAGAACAACCUAAAAGUGGAACUUGAUACUACUUUGGUGUCCACCCUAUCGGACGUACAGUAGUCCCUCGCUAUUCGUGGGGGAUAGGGACCGAUCCCUGCUGCGAACAGCAAAAAAACGCUCGUAGUAUACGCAAUUGCGUAUAAUAAGUGUACCCUCGAUUAUCAUGGGGAAUACGUUCCAGACCCACCCGCAAUAGGUGAAAGUCCAUGAUAUAGAGACCAUACAUUAUGUCGUUAGUUUUACCCCUUCCACACGUUUUAAAAACAUUCAGACUUAUUAAAACGCAUUUAAACAUUAUAACACUUUUUGAACACAUUGAAAAUGCAUUUCGACACACAAAGUUUGCAAGCAUAAAAGUCAUAGAAAAUACUGUACGUAUUGUGUCUGCACAUGAAUGGGUCUUUAAGAGGCGGGGCCUGGUGGGUUGACAUUGAAUGUCGACGAGCCUGUGAGUGAUUUUCUGGGUAUGAGCUGUGGUCGACAGCAGCUCCUGCGUGAAUGCGCUUGUCUUUGUGUUUUACUGCUCUCAGCGGAAAAACUCUCCGUAACUUCCGCUAACGACCCAGGCUAAACUUAGCUCCUCCCCAACAUACAAAGCUCGUCUCUUUGUCGAGAUAUAUCACUUCAACAUAGUUCCUUGACGCCAAAUGUACUACUUUCCUAUCAAACAGGGCUUUGGCGCCAUCUUGUCGAAUCUCAAAGCAUUUGAGAAAGCGCACAAAAAAACGUGAAUAGCUGGAGCGAGGCUCCACAGGAAAAGAAGUGAAUGAGUGAACCACAAAUAUGCGAGGGAUUACUGUAAUCAUUUUUGUAGAGGUUUCUAAGCAUUUAAAGCUUACUGCAUGUUUGAUUUCAUUAUAGUGACAAAGCCUUGAGCUGUUCAAACGUAACAUUUUUUUUUUCUUUUUGCUGCUAAGCGUUAGUCACAACUUGGUGCUGUCUUAUUUGCAUGUUUUUCUAGCCUUAUUUUGUUGUACUGUUCGUCACCAUUAUGUCUGAUAUUUUACGCAUUUACUGUAAUUGUCCUUUUGUGAGCAUCUCUAACUUUAACGAUGGCUUUUAAUAAUAAAUGAAUCCCUCGAUGGUUUACCAGGAAAACAGAGGCCCUUCCCUAUCUCCCAUCCGGAACUGUAUUUAUUCAAUCUUUUCGUCCCGUUACGAUUGACAGAAUUGGUCACAGCCACUUCACACACCUGCUCCCAACUCCAUCCUGACGUUGAAAAAAAAAAAAAUUUCUGCUGGGCAGUAAAUUUGACAUUUUUACUUCUAGUCUUAACUCAGAUGCUCACUUUUGUUUUUCUGUUUUCGGUGUGACAAGCAGCAGUAACUCAAGUGCCUGAAAAUGAAAAUAAAUGCACUUUUUCAACUCUU